UAUAUACAGGCAAAAUGUAUUGGAACACAAGCUAUAGGCACUUACUGAGAAUGCAGUGUAGCAAUGUAUCAUUGUUUGUUACCAGACAGUGGUUUAGCCGUAAAAGGCUGGAAAUGAAGAGAGAGCUCAAAUCUUUUAGCAAUUACUCAAUGUGCCAAGCAAGCCUAUAUGUUCUGCUGACGUAAGUACGUAGGCCCUGUACAUGACUAAACACUUGCACGCUGAGGUUGUUGGGCAUACAGCAUAACUAGGACCUCAACAGCAAAUUGAACAUGUCCUGGUUGGAUUUAUACAGGUCAGGGAUGAUCCCCGGGAAGGCCGAGCUAGAGCGGUUUGCUUCCCAUAUGGGAGAGCAUCAGCAGCAUGGCUCGCAAGUACAUCAACCACCCGUAUGGCAAGCGAAGUGUAACAAAACUAAAUGGCACGUUCAAGACACCCGAGCUAUAUAGACGUAGCUAGCUAGCUAGCUACGUGUAGCUAGCUAGCUAGCUACGUAUAGCUAGCUGGUAGGCGCAGCCACGCCCCACGGCCGGCUUUAUGAGGGGAUUCCCGCCGGCCAGUUUUGCAGCUAGGAGCCGGAGCCGAUCGAGCGACACUGGAGGAUCUGCGCCGACGAGCCCAGUAGUUUCUGCUGCAAGCCAAGGUAGACGCCAUUGCUCUGGGUAGACGCAAGUUGUAACUGCAACAAUCGGAUAUCCCAGUAAUAAGUUGCAACUUUCACGCGUUGAGCAAGAAACACUGAGAGUUUCAUUGACAGGAAUCAGUGACGAAGGAUAGCUAUCAGUGACUGAAGUGUACAAACUGUGGCUCUAAAAUAGCUGCAUCAUGAGUAGUGCAAGUCUCAUUUCCCAGUACAAGAGUCAGCUCCGGAGCCUCAACCCAAGUCUGCCACAAGUAAUUGAGCAUCUGGUGGCAAGAGAGGUUCUGACAAGAAGUGAAGCUAGCAGACUGCGUUCGACAAGCAACCAGUUUGCUCAUCUCUGCGAGCGACUGGCGUCAAAGGGCACAGAUAGCAGGGAUAAGAUCCUUGCUGAGAUUGCCUCGUUCAGCAGGGGCCAGAAGAGAGCCGGGGAGAAGGGGGGAGCUGUUUGUGGUCUCAGCCACUGUGAGGACUUGCCUGUCCCCCAGCCAAACCGCAAACACAUGUAUGUAAUGAGAAGAUUUCACCACAGCAUGCAUUGAUCAGCAACCGCAAAAAACUGCAAUGUCAAACCACUGAUAAAAUGCUAGUGUGCAACAGUUUAAAUGGGAGGGCAGCAGAAGAAGGUGGAGAUAGGUGUGGUGGGAAUAGGAAGAGGGCAUCAGGUGUAACUGGAGAAAGAAAAAGAGAGGAACAGCUACAAACCAAACUCCCAGACAUGGACAGAUUCAUUCCACAGUUCUACACCCUCGUCUGCCAGCUCUUGCAAAGCCUGAGUGGCAGCAGUAGCAGUAGAUGGUCACAUGACGAGUCAGGUGAUCCCCUGAUCUCAGAGUGGCUCCAGGCGGACCUGAAUGCGGACCAACUCCUCUCAUACUUUCCCUCUCAUCUCCGAAAAUCCCUCGUCAGUCACAGCCAUAGCACUGGAGGAGGAAGAAGAAGAGGAAAGAGUAGCGAGGGUGUGUUCAAGAGUGUGAGUAUAUCUGAACUACUCGCCCACUUCAAGAGCUACGUGAGAAGGCACGAAGCGGAAGCAUGCGAGAGAAAGCUCUUGGCAGGGAAGACCAAGCUCCUGGAGAGUCUGACAGAGAGAAAUGCUCACCUGGAGGAACAAGUGCUGGGGAUGAGAAGAACUGAGAUCCCAGAUUCACAUCAACUCACUAAUGGUCACCCGCCCCACCAUCAGAACGGUACUACUGGACACUCAACUACACUUGAGAAGGGAGAGGGAGAAGAGGAGGCCCGUCUCAAGAAAAUGCUGCGGAAAUCGAAUGCUCGUGUCGAAGAGCUACUGGCUACAAACAACCAGUGGGCUAUUGAAGCUGGAGAAAGGGCCAGCAAAGUAGCAAUCCUGCAGAUUGAGCUCCAAGACGCACAGAAAGAUAAUCAGAGCUUACGCAAGACACGACACACCACAGCACCGUCAGUGGUGGGCGGGGCCGGCGGCAUAACGAGGUCAGAGUUCACCAGCAAUGGCGAUGUGGUGGAGACCAAUUCAAGAACAGAGCAGGAAAAACAGUUGAAGCAAGAGAGAGAUGCGGCCGUGAGGGAGAACGAGCGUUUGAAGGCGGAGCUGGUGGAGGAGAGGAGUGGGAGGGAGGAGGACAGGGACGAGAUCGAGGAACUGAGGGACAGAGUUGCCAACCUCAGAGUCCAGGCUACGAGCAAGAUGCCUACGGUAAAGGAGCUGACGGCCCUGAGCAGCGAGAACAGACAGCUGAGAGAGAAGGCCGAAAGAGACAAAGCCCAGAUUGAAGCUCUGGUCCAGAAACUUGAGACACUACAGAACAAGCUCCAAAUGCAGCACUCCAGUAAUCUCAGUAGCUGUGAAGGCUCCCUGUUAAACGAAGCGGCCACCAACCAAUCAGGUGUUCUUGUUGAGUCGCUGGCCAAAGAGGACGACCUCAACGGAGUGGGAAACUCCCACUGUUACCACGACAACCGCCAAGGCCAGGGCCGUAAACAAGCACCGAUAUUUAUCGAUGACACUCCCAUGGCACAAAAAAAGCCGCCGUUCCCGUGGGAUACACAAGCAGCUGCAACAACUCACACAAUGGAACUCUAACCACGGAACUACUAAGGACCACACCACGUGCACACAGAAUUUUCCCGCCAAAUCAUCUGAUGGCAGUGAACUGAAACGUAACUCGCGGGGGUCGCAAAAUUCCCCUCGCUCUCGUAUUUCGCAACCGCCGCCCCCCAAUCAACCGGAGGCUGUGAUAGUGUCGCGAGUUAGGUUUGCGUGUGAAACGGAGCGAAAGUGUCCGCAGUGUUCCACUGUAUUCCUGACACUAGGGGAGGCGGAGUUCCAAUCUCACGUCGCACGAUGUCAGCUACCUCCAUUAGUGAAAAACUAAUAUAUAGCCUCAAGUUAAUACUUUGCUCUAAAUCUUUAGUGAUUUGUGUAUAAUUAUAUCAUGGUGACUGUGUAUAUCUCUGGUACAUUGUUAACAUCCACCGUCACCUAUGUGUGCAUUACUUUAGUAUCAAAAUUGCUUUAUACAUGAACUGACACAUGUCUUUGCAACUACAUACAAACAUGGAUUAAAAAGUCCAAAGUCUG